AUGAGCAUCACAGCCACCAAGCUCCGACACUCGACAGCAACAUUGACCUCCACGUCAGGCCCCACCAGGUGCGAGGCCUCAGCAGCAACCAACGACGCAACAACAUCACAGGAGACACACGGGCAAUUGGCCGCAGACAAGAUGCUUCUCCUAGACUAUCAGAACGUUCUCAUACAGUCGGUGCUGACUGAGAGAUUCUCCGGUGCCCCUCCCGCACACAUUGACCAGACCGUCUCCGAUUUCGACGGCGUCAUCUACCACAUCUCGACCCCCGAGACAAAGACUAAGAUUCAGCUCUCCAUUCAAAUAAGAUGCUACAAGGAUCUGGUGAAGUACGGGGCGGAGCAGGUGCUGCAGAGGGAAUAUGGCCAAUAUGUGGUACCGCCGGAAGCCGGCUACGACUUCUCUGUUCUGAUCGAUCUUGAGAACCUCCCGGAGGACAAGGACGAACGAGAAGCAUUGAUCAUGAAGAUGGCAUUGCUGAAGCGUAACGCCAUGGCUGCUCCUUUCGAGGCCGCGUACGAGGAGCACUACAAGCUGAAGGAGGAGGCAUCCAAGUACACCUCCGAGGAAGCUCCGCAGGGUGUACGCGAGGGCGGCGAGGUUAUGGCCAUUCACUACCGCGAGGAGGAGGCCAUCUACGUCAAGGCCAGCCACGACCGUGUCACCGUCAUCUUCAGCACCAUAUUCCGUGAGGAGACCGACCGCGUCUUUGGCAAAAUCUUUAUCCAAGAAUUCGUCGAUGCCCGCCGGCGGGCUAUCCAGAACGCUCCCCAGGUGCUCUUCAGAAAUGACCCUCCUUUGGAGCUACAGGGAGUUCCCGGAGUCAGAGACACUGGAACGGGCGAGAUCGGAUAUGUUACCUUUGUUCUCUUUCCCCGCCAUCUUACACCCCAGAGAAUGCCCGACGUCAUUUCCCACAUCCAGACAUUCCGAGACUACUUUCACUACCACAUCAAGGCGUCCAAGGCAUACAUCCACUCGCGCAUGCGUAAGCGCACAGCAGACUUCCUCCAAGUUCUGCGCCGCGCGCGCCCAGAUAGCGAAGAGAAGGAGCGCAAGACGGCAAGUGGUCGGACUUUCAAGGUCCAGGGAGCGUAACCUGACUAGGAUUCACGGUACACGCAUCACUUAGUGAGGAAAGGCCGCUGGUCGAGCGUUGACCGAAAAAAUAAUCGCCGUCCUCCGUGACAUGCCUGAUCAAUCCAAGUGAUGCGAGCCGCUGAAAGUCCCAAGGCGAGUUGUGGGGGCUGGCCGAGGGGCAUUUUGUUGUUUAGAAAAGGAUAAAGAUUUAUGACCACGCUGCAGGAGAACCUGUUCGUUUGUGAGAAACUAAAGAGCCUUGGCGGUUGGACCAGGGCCCAGUCAGACGCACAACUCUGGCGGGUGAAGUGCGAACCCCUUGGUGGACGGGUGCAGUCUGGAAGCGUCAAUCGCCGCGCCUGGAUAACGCGCCGGAUCGACGUUUCCAGUCCACGCGCUUUCUACCUUGAGACACCGGCCGACACCGACGAGAGUGUUGUACGCGAGGCACCUGCGUGCUAAUACAAUGCACUGCACUAUUGAUGGCAUAUAGGAAAACAUCCAUUUGAGCUGUUGAGAUGGGAACGAUGAGGUGACGGAUCACGAGCUUAGCAAAGUUCUGAUUUAUGAGGACGAUCAACUUCCCGUCCAAAGUAUAGACAUGCCAGAGCCGAUACAUCUCCCUACGGGGGCUUUGGUGGGACAGCUUUGGGCUUUUUUGUUUGCAAGGCGAGUUUAGAAGUUGCUGCAAUGGGCCAUGCAUAUGUCUCUGCACUGCAAUUUGCGGCUUUAUAAAGGAUCCUACAAAGUGGAUGCCUUAUUCGUUUCGUCGGAAUUGUCGCCGGCAUUGAAUGGGAGCCCCACUCUGUCUCUCCUUCGCACCGUGCCCGGCGUGCACAUGUCCGUAGAACGUUUGAGUUGCCCUGCUUCGAGUUCGCAAAGGGAUGUCGGUGAUCUGUCGAAUACCGGGACGACAAAGCUGAAUCAAACGGAUGAACCGACGAAUCG